UAUUUGAAUAAAGAAGGAACAACAACUCUUCAUAAAACUAGUACAACUAAUAUAGAUAAUACGACUACAAGGAUUCAAAAUAAUACUAUCACUAUUAAUCAACAUGGUACUAUUACUUCUAUUCAAGAUAGUACUAUUACUAAGAAUCUUACUAGUUUACAUGAAGAUGAAAUUCAAUUAGCUAAACAAGAAUUUUUAACUGAACAUAUAAAUGAAGUAAAUGUGAUCCAAAAUUCUAUUAAUCAAUUAAAUUUCACAAAUCCUAUGUCAGCUCAAG